UUGCUAAUCAGCUGUUAACCCCCUGUUAAUCGCACUGUUAAUGGCCUGUUUGUUCGAAUCUAGUUGGGAAUUUACCCAAACCAAAUCAUCAUUUCACUGCAACAGGUUCCCAACGCCGCUUUCCCCCGGGUUCGCCUGCAUCCAAAGACGCAGCCCAGACCAAUUCGACCGAUCACCAGGGAAAGAUGAGUGGCGCCGAGAGCGCAGGAGCCGAGGCUCAGGCCCAAAACCAGGCGAAUGGAAACAGGACAAGGUCGCGAUCCCACUUGGAUAACACCAUGGCCAUCCGGCUGAUGCCGAUGUUAGUACGCCUCCAACUGUGUGCCCACCUGGACGCCCUGGAUGUGUGGCAGCAGUUGGCGACGGCCGUAAAUCUUUAUCCGGACCAGGUGGAGCAGAUCAGCAGCCAGAAGCAGCGGGGUCGCUCAGCAUCCAAUGAGUUCCUCAAAAUUUGGGGGGACCAGUACAAUCACACGGUCCAAACAUUGUUUGCUUUGUUCAAAAAAUUAAAGCUCCACAACGCCAUGCGGCUAAUUAAAGACUAUGUGAGCGAGGAUCUGCACAAGUACAUUCCCAGGAGCGUACCCAUCAGCGAUCUGCGAGCUCCGCCCGAUUCUAGUGCCAAGGUGAACAACGGUCCACCGUUUCCCUCCUCCUCGGGCGUCAGCAACUCGAACAACAAUCGCACCAGCACCACCACGACGGAGGAGAUUCCCAGCCUGGAGUCGCUGGGCAACAUCCACAUCAGCACGGUUGAACGGGCAGCCGAGUCCCUGCUAAACAUCGACUUCGCGGAUCUGGUGAACGCCACGAACGAAUUCUGUGCCGCUAAUCGUCUGGGGCAGGGCGGAUUCGGCGAGGUGUACCGUGGCGAGUGGAAACAACUGGACGUGGCCAUCAAGGUGAUGAACUACCGCAGUCCCAACAUGGACAACAAGCAGGUGGAGCUGCAGCAGAGCUACAACGAGCUCAAGUGUCUGAACACCAUCCGGCACGACAACAUUUUGGCCCUCUACGGCUACAGCAUCAACGGGGAUAAGCCCUGCCUCGUUUACCAGCUGAUGAGGGGUGGCUCCCUGGAGAAUCGCCUAAGGGCGCACAAGUCCCAGCCUCGUCUGCCAGCGCUCACCUGGCAUCAGCGGUUCAGCAUCUGCCUUGGCACGGCUAGGGGCAUUUUCUUUCUGCACACGGCACCGAACAAGCCGCUCAUCCAUGGAGACAUCAAGCCGGCAAACAUCCUGCUGGAUCAAUGCCUGCAGCCGAAGAUCGGUGACUUUGGGCUGGCCCGGGUGGGUCCCAAGUCCAUCCACGCUGUGAUGGAAGUUGAGAAGGUGUUUGGGACCAAGAUCUAUCUGCCGCCAGAGUUCCGCAACUCAAAACAGCUCAGCACCGGCGUGGACGUCUAUAGCUAUGGCAUUGUGCUGUUGGAAGUGUUUACAGGGCGCCAGGUGACGGACAGCCUGCCCAAGAACGAUUUGCAGCAGGAUUUGCUGCACUACGUCAAGCAGCAUUGGCGGAAGAACCCGAUGGAGCUGCUGGACAAGCAUCUUGCCACGCCGAUUGGCGUGGAGCUGGACAUGUGCCUGUGCGCCAUCGAGGUGGGACUGCAAUGCACUGCUGUGGAUCCGCAGAAUCGACUUUCGAUGGACGCAGUCCUCAAACGUUUCCGGCCAUUCCAACAAUUUUUAAUCACAAACGAUUCUUAAGUCAACUUUUUACUUGUUGAAAGGCAUAUACAACGCUGAAUUUUGCGAUCAAUCCACUCCAAAUUCCAGAAGAAAAACGUUUGAAGACAUGUUGUUAUACAAAAUUUAUGUAAAUGCUUAAAUAAUUUUUUUAUUAAAACAUUUUGUACUUA